AUGGACGUUCUUCUUUUCUCUUUGUCUCUCGUAAAUAUCGCCAGCUUUCUGGUGUCCAUACUGUACAUUUUGAAGAGGUUUAUUCCCAAAUGGAUGCACUUCACUUUUGAAUGGGGAAAGUCUGAGUCUGCGGGAAAUUGCAGUGGAUUGAUUCAGAUUUUACAUGUUCCAAACAGGUGAUUUGGUGAACUUUUGUACUCAUGUAUCAGAUAGUUGGGAGGUGAGGGUAAGCUCACUCCAUUUACUAAAACCUCAUGGCCUGAGCAGGUGCAACAAUAAGAUUUCCAUUGGAUUGAGACAGGGGAUAGAACUCCAAACGUCUAGACGAGGGUAUCAUAUUUAUGUUACACUGUUCAGUGGCGUGAAGUCCGUGGAACAGAAGGUCAAACCACUCCCCAGCUUAAGGAUUUUUUGCAGACAUAUACCUGCCAACUCUCACGCCUUAGGCGUGAGUCUCACGCCUGCGGGUUGAAAACUUCCAUCUCACGCCGGUUUACGCUUGCGGGCCAAUUUCUCAUGCCUGAUUGAAAAAUGUGAGUUGUUGCCGUCUUGCUUGACACAUUUCUAAAAAUAUGUUAACUCAGACCCAUGUAAGGAGCGAAAACCAUGUGUAAAAUGAAUAAAAGACAAUACCUUCCUCGCGAUCUCUGAUUUUGUGGAUAAGCGUUUUCUCGAUAACUUCGCCCUCGGCAGACUUCGGACGUCUUCGGAAGACUUCGGACUUCUUCGGGAAUCAUCGGAAAUGAUCGUGUCGUCUUCAAAAAUCCCAGCACUCCCAGGAUAAAAAUCUCACGCUUAUAUCUCAGAAAAAGUUGGCAGGUAUACAGACAUGUAUUGUUUUUAAGCCUUUCGCCAAAGAUAGUUUACGCGUGGUUGAUCAGUGGGUGUAGUUGUACAGCAUCAUUCUUUUUUUUUUUUUAACCAAAAGCCUAAGGUUUGUAUGACAGAGGUGGUGCUUUUGGUAAAAAGGUAAAAAGAAAAAAGAAUGGUGCUGUAUAGCCACACCCACGGAUCAAUCAUGUUUAAACAUACUUAUAUGAAAUACAAGAGAGAGGAGGAGGCAGUGGGCGUGGAGGGGGUAAGGUGGAGUAGGUGGAGUUUCAAUCUCUGGCCCAUGGACAACAAUCAGGGCUAGGGUAGUAGAUUUGUGGUUUUAAUCCUAGGAAAGAGGCCCCUUUAGAGGGGUACAGUCAAGUUGAAUAUCAGCCUGCUGUUCUAAUGCUAUGUAGCUGGUUAGAUUAUUUGUCCUGAGUGGCUGCAAAGGAGACUAACUUAUACUGGACCUCAGGAAAAUGGUUGAAUAUUAAUUUUGGGAUGUACAUUCACGGGCAAGUGGGAAGUUUCCCCUAUUCCUUAUGGCAAUCAAAAAAGAACAAUUUUCACUGGUAAAUAGGAUACUGGCUGGUGUGAAAGUUAUAGUUAGACCCAGAUUCUGGAGAUCACCAGACUGGCUUUAUUGAUCUUAGAGUCAGACAGAUUGUGCAACAAACAAUGUGUGAAGAAAUUAAAAGUGCCACCUAAAUUGGAGGAAACCAAGCUUAUCCCUCCCAAAAACAAUGCCAGGCCCCUAAAGACCUCCAGGGGAAAAGGCUAAUAAACGACAUAAACUAACUAUGGAUGGAAAAAAGUCCACCAAAGUAUGGGUUAUGAAGUUUAAUAGCAUUUUUUCUUCAGUGUGUGAAAUUACUAUGACAGUAAAAAUAUUAAAUAUUUAAAAACAGAAGUGUACUGUCACCGGGCUUGUUAUUGUUGUGUACGGAGAUUUUUUUAACAGUUAUAUUAUUCUUUUUUCACAGGUGGUUUACUCAUUUCUAUGUUGUUGGAAGUUCUUUGUCCUGUUUGUUUCUCUUGAUGUUAGUUCUUCACUGUUUCCAUGGAGUCACAUCAGUUCCCAAGGCAAUGUCUCACAUACUAAGCCUGCACUUUACUCCUCAUAUUGACUGCUUCACUGCCUUUGUAUCUCUUUUUCUUCUGCUGGUACAGACAUGUCGCAGAUUAUAUGAGUGUUGUUUUAUCAGUGUAUUCUCAAGUAGGAUUCAUAUAUUACAUUAUUUUGUGGGUAUAGCAUUUUACAUUCUGGAUGCAGCUGCAGUUGCUGUACCUUUCCUUAAAGCAGAACAAAUCGACAAAGGUAAAAUUAAUGUGAAUCUUCUUGUCAACUUUAUAAAAGAAGGGAGAAAAAUAUGCUACUAUUGUAGUGCACCUAUCAAUGUAAAACUGGGGGAAGCAGGGCAUGGGGUACUAAAGGAAAAUUUAAAGUAGUUUUUUCAAUACUGUACGUGAUAUCUACAUUUCAGUUGUUUAUUAAUGAGAACAGUAUGUUGAAUGCGAUAUACGGUGUAUUUAUCAUUACGGCCCUUAAGUCAUGAAAUUUGAGCCAGUCCUUGUAAUAUGGCCAAAUUUUUAUGGCCAGUUAGUGACCAUAUUAACAGUGUUCCACUGUAUCUUAAAAUGUUCAUCAGUGCACCGUGUGUGAAGAAGCAUUCAAAUACCACCUCCCCUGGGAGAGCAAGAUCAGUCAAAUACCCCACCCCAGAGCCAACAAAAACAAUCAGAUCCCCAUGCCAUGCCCUGCCUCUGCCCCCUGCAGGGAUUACAUUGAUAGGUGCGUAAGUUGCACUGAUAAAAAUGCUAUUAAUAACUGUUAGAAAAGUAGGGUUUGGCAAAUUAUACAAAGGUGUGCUUAGAAUGAAGCCUCAGGUGAUGUCUGAUAAACUUAAAGACUCUCCUUUCAAUCUGCCUUGCAUACACUUUUGAAGAAAAGGGUGAAUUCCACAGUUGAUCAGGAGCGGGAGCCUUUUUGGCCCUUAAGCUUAUUUCACAUUUCCUUGUGUUGUCAACACAUCAUGUGUCCACCAAGGUAGCCAUGGCCUACAUAAAUUUCUCAACAGGAAACAAAAUCCCUUGCUUUGCUCACUGCUUAAUGACAGCCAUUUAAAGCUAGAAUUAACAACUUGAUGAGAAGUUUGAUUAUGUCCACUGAUUAUUUACAACCCAAUUUUUUUAGUGACUUAAUUUGAUAAUUUCAGAGGAUAAAACUAUUGCCAAGUAAAUUGAUUUUACACUAUCACUUCAAGAGAUUUUUGCAACAUAAUCAACUUAUAGAACAAAAGUGAAAAGAAACCAACACCAGGCCUGGAGAAAUAGCAGCCUGCUUUUGAUACUGCUUGAUUAUCUUAUCAUUCAGCUAUAUUUAACUGUAACUACUGCAUGAUAACCUGACAUUGUUUGCUUGCUCAUAACUUUAUUUUUUUCAAAAUAGAUUGGUGCAAUUCUUGUAGACGUCCCUUCAAAGACUUCUCCUGGUACCAGUGGCUUGCCGUAGCUAUGUUUUUAUGGGCAAGUUUGCAUCAGUGGAGGUGUCAUAACAUCCUAGCAAAUUUACGGCACUCACCAAGCAUGGAGGCAAGGAAAGUCUACAGAAUACCUUAUGGAGACUGGUUUGAGUUUGUUUCCAGCCCUCACUACCUUGCAGAAAUCAUGAUUUACAUAUCAUUGUUUCUACUACAGAAAGCAAAGAAUAUUUACAUUGGCUUAAUCUUGCUUCUGACAGUUGAGAACCUCUCUCUUGGAGCAACAGUGACUCAUGACUGGUACAAAAAGAAGUUUAAGGAAUAUCCUCAAUCUCGAUACAGGAUUGUUCCAUUAUUGUACUAG